AUGGCCAUGUACAAACACUCGUACGACUUGAACGAAGAGUAUAGACGCACCCAGUCGCAGAUCUACGGGCUCCAAGAGACGAUUUUGAACUCUGCUAAGAACGCCAGCGGCAGCGGCAAACUCAAAAGUGCUGCAGAUACGCUCCGGCAGCGUUUCAAUGAGCCGGAACAUACGAGUGUAGGCUGUGACAAAGUGCUGCAGUGUGUGAAGAAUAAGUAUGGUCCGGCGCCUAGCAGAGUAUUGGCCACGCUGGAGUACCAUCCGUACCACAGUGGCGGGCCGCUGAGGAAAGAACUGCCGGCGGUGCCGGCAGAGAUUCAGAGUUCCUUCUCGCUGGCGAUGCCCAGACCGUUCCUGCCAGGCUUCUCCGAGGAACACAUCAACCAGCUGGUCACGAUUCAAGUCUCGUACGAGGAUCUGCGCGACUCCUACCGUGGCACGGACUCCCCGCGUGCACAGAAUAACGAGAUAUGGGGCUGCAAUAUCUACACCGAUGAUUCCGACCCGCUGCUGGUGCUGAGGCACUGCGGUCUCUCCAUCUCGGACUACAAUGGGGCCCACAGGACGCCCGCAAACGCGGAAAACAGCGACAAUGUCCAAGGAACCGUCCCACCAGAGGGCACACCGUUCGAUCUCGAGGUCGACAUCUUGCUACUGCCGACGUUGCAAAGCUACCCCGGUGUGAAACAGUUCGGUGUCACUUCGAGAGCCUGGGGCAUCGACACCCCGACACCACACGACGGUCUCAGCUAUGGGAUCUACGCCAUUAGGAUUACUUCAAGAGAUACCUCAACAAGGAACAUAGACCCCCAGCACCAGCGAGUCGAUACCUCGCACUGGGAGACGGAAGGCCCUCGCAUUUAG